AUGACACGAAACCAUGAGCCGAGGGCUUUCUGGCGAGGCGGCCGCAACGUGCGGAAGGCACAGUUGGUCUCCAGACAUCUGUCCGCGGAUUUCGUGGACCAACACUACGAGGUGGUGAAGCGGCUGAACGUUGGCAGCUUCAGCCGGGUCAACCUUGUCCGCGAACGCAGCUCCUACGAGCUCCGAGUGUGCAAGGUCAUCGACCUCAAGGGCAUGGACCCUCAUGUGCUUGGCAUGAUGAGGAAGGAAGUGCAGAUCCUAUCUGCCCUGGACCACCCCAACAUAGUUCGGCUCUACGAGUUUGCCGAGGACGAACGGCGACAGGAGCUGGUGCUGAUCCUGGAGUAUGUGCAGGGUGGCGACUGCAUCGACCUUCUGGAGGAGAGGGAGCGGCUCCUGCCUGAGGAGUUGGCCGCCAGGAUCGUCCACCAACUGCUGGUCGUGCUGAACUACUGCCACAGUUGUGGAAUCACCCACCGCGACGUCAAGCCGGAGAACGUGAUGCUCUCCUCACUGGAUGAUGAUGCCACCUGCAAGGUCAUCGACUUCGGGCUGGCUACGCCCUACAAGGGCCGUGUCAAGGAGUUUGCGGGGACGGUGUCGUAUCUGGCGCCGGAGCUGGCAAUUGCACAGGCUGGCUUCUCCAUGGCUGCGGACAUCUGGGCCGUGGGCGUUACAGCUUUUGAGCUUCUGGCAGGCACUUCGCCUUUUGGCAAACUCCAGGAGUACGGCAACGAGUGCGACCCAAUCCUGGAGAAGCUCUGUACGUACGAGAGCUUUGACGAGGACUUGCUUCAAGUCUUCCGGGAGUCACCGGGGCACCAGAGGCUGUGGCGAAGUUCCGAGGCCAAAGACUUUCUGCGAUUCCUUCUUGCAGCAGAGCCCGAGGACCGGCCCACGGCAGCACAGGCCCUGGAGCACCCUUGGCUGCAACGCCACCGCCCGGUGCCAGAGCCGAUUGCACCGGAGAUGUUGCGGACCUUCGCCGGCUUCGCCGAGGCCCCGCAGAUGCAUCGGAGCUGCCUCUUCGCUCUGGCCGCCAAGGGGCGGCACGGCGAGCUGGACACGGAAGUGGUUGAAGCGACCUUUGCCGACAUCGACCGGGACCACGACGGAAAGAUCUCCCUUCAGGACGGCUGGUAG